GGGAAAUUUUUUGGCGAUCUUCACUUGAUCUUGGACUAAUAUGAAUAGUGCUUGACAUUAUUUCUACGAAAUAUAAAUUUGAGGAUAUUUUCUUUUUCUGAAGUUCAAAUGCACACACCCAAGCAUCUAUAACGAAGAAAAGAAUUGAUCAAAUUGCGGAAUAAUGUCGACUUCCACGGAGUCUACACUCGAGUUUGAGGGUUCUAUAAUAGAACUAGAUGACUUGGACAUAUCAGAAUCAGGAAAAUCGGAAGAACAAUUGCAUAACAAGUCAAAGGAUCAGUUGGCUGCUAACAAGAAUGAUACAUCAGCUUCAUUGGCCGGCAAUGACUCUAAUAAAAAAAUAGCUCCUGAGAUCUGGCAUCAAGCAAUGAGCUAUCUAAAUACCAAGGAUGUCAAGAAUUUCAGGUUGUGCUCCAGCAAAUUUGCAAUACUUGGGUCUGAACACUUUAUCGAAACUUUCGCAUUUCGCUUCAACAGACGAGAUCUUGAAAAGUUGGAAAUGAUCUCUCGAGAACAUCCGAAAAUGUUGAAAAAUGUCAAGAAGAUCAGAUUCGAGAAGGGGUUUGUGCCUAUAAGAGCCAUGCUUCGCGUUCUUCGUAAGGACUACCGAGAAGCAUUUGAAUGGGAUGAUGAAGGAAGAUACAUUGUGGAACAAAAUGAUGAAAUAGAGCCCAUUGUUAUUUCAGAUAUAAUAUCCGAAUACCUUACUUGGUAUACAUUGUGGAACAAGGCAGCUCAAAAGUACGAUGACAUUACAAGGAUGACCAAGGCAUUUGAGCAUUUGAACAAUGUCACUUGCAUUCGCUUCUCAACCGGCAUUCCUGAUUUCAGUUCGGAAGCCUUAACCCGCGCAUGGGCGAAAGUCGCCUUUCCUAGAGCUUAUGGAGGCAUUUGGAAGACAAGAGAACUCGAAACGGUUAUGCUAGCUGCACAGAAUUCCAAGGUAAAACUCCGUCGUUUUGCCCACGAUGCAGCUCCUGCCUUGUUUUUCUUACAAGAUUUAAAUCGGCUUGAAAAUACUCUCAAGCCUUUCCGUGACCUUGAGAGUCUAGAGCUGUUAUGUGACAGAAGGUGCUCACCAACACGCGGAAAAAUUAACAAGAGAUGCUCGACUGGACUGUGGAGGGCAGCGCAAUCAGCGCCAAAUCUGGAAACUUUACAUCUGGGAUUGGUUACCGGCGGAUACUGCAAAUUCGAAACUUAUGAAUAUGUGCCUCUUAGAAAGGUUUUGGGGGUCUUUACCUGGCCUUCAUUGACUCGCUUACGACUCGACAAUAUGACCUUGUGCGAGAAAGAUUUGACCAAUUUUCUCCUUAGGCACGCUUCUUCGCUGCGACAUCUAACAUUGACUCACAUUUGUUUAUAUCGAGGUUCGUUACAUGGUUUAUUCCAGGCCCUGAGAAAAGGCCUCAAGCUUGAGAGUUUCCAUGUCGAUGGUAUAAUUCAUUCUUCCUUCGGUCGAGAGUUAUGGCAUUUCUUUUCGACGAACAAAGAGGUUGUAGAGUCCUCCGAACUCACAGAAGCGGAAAACCGUCGUGAAAGACUACUCAAUGAAUCUAAGCUUCAAUUUUAUAAGGACAACAAUAGAAUAUUUCUAGGAAAGAUGUGGCUACAAAUGAAGGAAGAUGGUCUCGCUGAUGAACUCUCUGCUCAACUCGAGGCGUUUGUUCUCAACAAAUGUGAUAUAACAGAUUGGCCUGUUGGACUUAUAAAUAAAUUAGCGGAAAAGAUUUCCUAUAAAGGUAGGGUAUCACCAUGGAAUAACUGGACUGACGAGCGAAUUGACGCCGCGUGGGAUGCUCAGCUGGAGGAAGAAUUACUAGAUACCGACGUAGGCACCUGGGAGGAGUCCCAAGGUGAACUACCCGAGCAUAUACAAUGGCUGAGGAGUGAUUGGCAAUGGAAGAGUAAAUCGAGCCACUCAAAAAGUAAGUGGGCUUUGUGGGAUGAAUUGGAAGAGCAGGCUGGGAUUCGCGCAUUGUACGAAAAGUCAUAUGCAUGGGGAAAAGCGGAGAAGGAAGAUCAAGUUAGAUAAUUGACCUGUGAAAUUCUUGUAUAUUCACCAUAUUGCUUGUCGUCUUAAGUUGAUAUACAAACAUUUUUUGACUUUUAGGAGUUUCGGUCAAUCGAGAGCCAAGGCAUUAAAAUUGGUAUACUUGUUUCAAGUAUGACUCUCUACAGGGUAUGGUGGGAAGCAUAGGGUAGAAUAAGAGGGCA